AUGGCUUUAGCUACCAAUGUUUCUGCGCAAAUUAGCAGUAUUCCUAUGCUGAAUGGUUCAAACUUUAAAGUUUGGAAAGAUACCGUGGAGAUUGUCCUCGGUUGUAUGGAUCUAAAUACAGCUCUUCGAGAGGAGAAACCCACUUCCACUCCGGAAAAUCUCAAUGAGGUUAAAAUAGAGAAGUGGGAGAGAUCCAAUCGAAUGAGUAUUAUGAUCAUGAAACGCUCAAUUCCUGAGGCGUUUCGGGGCUCAAUUACUGAGGAUAAAGAUGCCAAACAGUUCCUAAAGGAUGUUAAAAAAUUCUUUACUAAGAAUGAAAAGGCGGAGGCAAGUAGUCUUUUGAGCAAACUUGUCUCCAUGAGGUAUAAAGGUACAGGGAAUAUAAGGGAGUACAUUAUGGAAAUAUCUCAUCUUGCUUCAAAAUUGAAAGCACUAAAAUUAGAGUUGUCUGAAGAUUUACUCGUGCAUUUCAUUUUGAUUUCCCUUCCUGCACAUUUUGGGCAAUUCAAAGUGAGUUAUAACACUCUGAAGGACACUUGGUCCUUAAAUGAGCUUAUAUCUCACUGUGUGCAAGAAGAAGAGAGGCUACAGCAAGAUAAGACUGAAAGUGCUCACAUGGCUUCAUCUUCUCAGUAUAAAAGAAAGCGUGAUACUACUGCGGAUGUGCCUUCUCAGCAGAAAAAGGCUAAAAAACAGGAUCAAGUUUCAACAUGUUUCUUCUGUAAGAAGGUGGGACACAUGAAAAAAAUUGUACCAAAUAUACCACUUGUUGGAAUAAAUUAA